CGUGCUCGCCAUCUCCUUACUCCUCCUUCCGUACAAUCACCACGGAAACAGCGGAGAUGACAUUGGACUGACAUGAGAUGGAUUAAAGGGCAAAGUCAAAGAAAGAUCACCGUCCACGGGUGUUAUUCCUCUUUUUCAUGGCGGACGGGACCACGGAACGGACAGUCAACGCAAGGGUUCCUCCCAUCUUUACUCCGUAUCAUGCAGGAUAGGCGAGGUGGUCCGGAUCAGGAAAAAGGAAUCUGACCCUUCAUAUGUAUGUACGGUACAUACAUCCAGCAGUCACGCACAGGAUAGGACAGUGGCUUCGGUGAGUGUAUUCAUGUGUAUGUGUUGUUGUUGGAGGGCUGAAGGGGAGCGAUCAACCCUUGCAUGGGCGAGGUCGGUCUGUACUCUUGGUGGUCGAGUGUGGCAUUUGGAACGAUCCUGUCUGAACAUUUUCUCGGUGAGCAUGACUGUUGUAACUUGGUUGCUAUUUGGUUUCAAGGGGGUAGUAGGAGACAAAGGGUCACGGUAUCUCGGUGGGGUGAGGGGGGAUUUAUAUGCUAUUGCUAUGCGAAUAGAAGGUUUGCAUUGCUUGUUGGGUCAUUACUGGCACCUCUAUCGAGGGCAGUGUGGUACAAGACUUCGACAGAUUGAUUGGUUCUUUUGUCCUCCCUUGUUGGCGAAGAGAGAAAAAUAUCUCAAGUGGCAACUCCUCCGUAGCAGCUGGCAAUUGGGAAGGUCCAAAAUGAUGGAUCAGGUGGCUUACAUACUGCAUUGCAUUAGCCCCAUCCUGCACAAACCACAACAAAAUGUAAACACUGCCGCAACUCGUACCAGAACAAGAAAACGGAAAAAGAGAAGGGAGAAUGCAUCAUUGCCUGGAAGUCUGCGAGGUGUCAGAGCGGAAUUGUUUGUUGCCUGCAGCGCAUCAUCUGGCAGAGCCAGCGUCGACACAGACAGCAAAAAGAAACCACUUGUUUCAUAUGAAUGACCUAAGUUGUGGUCAUGUCGGCGACGUGUGAUUGGCAGGAAGGUGGGUGCC